UUGAUUACCGUGCGUGGGCAUUUAAAAGUGAUCACCUGUAUAUUAAAUAUACACUCGGUUUGAAUAUAGGCAACUUCUUUUAAGCCUGAAUGUUAACGGGUAGCAUACUAUACAGAAAUAAAGAGUGUCAACUUAACCUGCAAUAAAUGUGACGUUUAGAUAACAUCGUCACUUUUAGCAAUGUGUUUAUUUAAAUUAAAUGAUAUUUAAUGGCAAAAUGGCAAGACCUCAUACGAAUUAUGAAUAUAAUUCGUUAAAAAGUGAAGAUUUUGAAAUCGACUUGAAGCCUGAGGAAACUAAAUUAGAGCUUUAUGAUGACCUGGAAGAACACGUUGAGGGUGAAAUUAGAGUUCCUGGGAGCAAAAGCAACGCAAAAUUAGGAGAACCUGGGUUCAACUCAUUAGAUGAACCAAUAAAAGAGACCAUACUUAGAGAUGUUAAAAUAAUUGGUAUAAAGUUUUUCUAUGUAUUAUUCCCAAGAGAGAAAAAGACACUUUUAAAGGAAUGGGACCUAUGGGGACCUUUAAUCAUAUGCACAUUCAUGGCAAUGAUAUUACAAGGCUCUAGAGUAGAUAAAUCAAAUGAUGGAGGCCCUGAAUUUGCCGAAGUAUUUAUUAUUGUUUGGGUGGGUUCUAUGAUUGUAACGCUCAAUUCCAAACUUUUAGGGGGACACAUGUAAGUAAUCUUUAUUACAUUAAUUUGUUUAAUAAUCAGUACACAGACACAAUACGGUUGUUUGAAGUUUUACAUUUUAUUUUUGACCAUCUAUUAAGACAUUCAUAUAGAUGUAUUAAUAGUUAUAAUUAAAAUUGCGAUCAGUGUCAUGUUUUAUACAAGGGUGAGUGAAGAUGAUCUAUUAAAA